AUGUCGCCCUCCCCCCCAAUCCGAUCUGCCUAUAUACGAAUGCCCGAGACCCGCCGUUCUAGAGGGGACAUCAAACAGAAAGAGUGUGCACUUCUCUACCCUCCCAAAUGGACUAGCACUCUAAUAAGCCCAGUCGAGGAUUACAGGCCCGGAUACCCCCGUUAUGCCGCGCUUCUUUCAGCACACAAUACGUACUUUUUGUGCCGAAGAUUCGACUGGCUUCGAGCUCGACUACUGUUGCAGAAGCAAGAUAAGCUGUCUAUCCUCGAGGAGAAACUGGAGGAAGUAGAUUAUCUCGAGGCUGCGCCUCUUUAUCUGGGGAAAAGCCGAAGUGAUAGAAACACGGAACGGAUAUCUCUUCUAUCGGAGAUUGAUACAGCUCUUGCUGAUUACGGUAACGCAAACCAGUUCAUGGAGAGAACGAGCCGCGUCCUGAGUGUCGGUCCUUCCUGUCCAAGAGACGUUGAGAGUCUGCGUAACUGGGUGGAAAGCACUGGCUGUAUGGCACGAGAUGAAACUGCGUAUCUCGCUCAUCAUCAUGAAUUGGUGUCACUAGCUCCCGCCGGUGACAAUGCUAUGGUGCAGCUCGAAACAUGGAUCGAAGAUAAGGUUAUUCGAUAUUGGCCGAGUUUCCAAAGACCAUUCCCACAACGUUUCGAGGGAUUCUAA